AAGGAAACAAUUCUCUUAAUUGAAUCAAUUGCCAAGUUGGAUGGCAGUGACUGAAAUUCAAUGAGUGAGUAAAGUGUCAAAGAACAUAUGUAAGUACGUAUGUAAGUUUCAAUUCAAUUCAGCAACACUUUACGGGAGAAUAAGCUGUCACAAAGGAGUUCGACAACAUGAUGAAGACAACGAAAAUUUAUCUGUUUAAAAUUUUGUUGCUGUUAUUGUGCGCAGUGCAGGCUGCAACAAGUUUGCCCAUGGAAUUGGUGACAAUCCAACAGGCGGAAGUGCCUUUCAGCCGACAAGCAACUGCGGUCGCUGUGGUGAAUGAGGCUUUGCAGCCGUCGACGCCAGCAGUAGGUGGAGAAGGAGAUGAGCGUGCGGUUGAUGUGCCGCUGCUAAUGCCGUUACGGACGGUGGAUGAGCUUCCGCCGCGCGAUGGAAAAUGCGUCGAGGUUGGUAAAUUUUGCCACUUGGCCGAAGAAUGUUGCACGAGGCGUUGUCUCACCUACGCGAAAAGAUGUGUCACUUAAAUUUUGAAGGAUAUCAAAUAAAUAUGUACACUCGUGUUAAAAAUUAUAAAUA